GCAUCAGUCGCUUUGCAACGCUCGUCGAUGACGCCCGCCUUCUGUUGUUGAUCUUCUUGUAUCGAGUAGAGAGAAUUUGUUACGCAACAACAAGCCCCAGUCCAAGACAGGCACUGGAUGUGUCGCAGCUUGUCGAUCAAGAAAUAAGCCAAAAGAGGAACAACAUUUUUCUCAAUCUCGACAGGAACUGAUCCUACUCCGAGCCGUGAUCCAUCAGUUCAAGACUUGGCCCAUCAUUCAACAAGAGAAAAGGAAAAUUCAAGAGGAGCCAAACAUGUCGUUGACGAGAAUGAUACUGCUACCAGUUGUGCUGAUGGUAAUGACUAGUUGUUUGCUGACUUCUGGCAUUCCCCGAUUGACGAGCAACGCCAUGCUGUGGAAACGCCUGGGUCUCAAUCGAGGCAUUGGCAACGAACGGCCGCAAAUCACGUCCAGCAAGAAGAAGGGCGAGUCGACCGUGUACUUUAUCAAACUGCCGCCACAACCGCACUACUAUUCCCCUUUCAAUCUUCUGCCAACAUCCAACGACCAGAAAAAUACGCCGGAACCUUUCGAAACGGUGUCGGUCGACUUCACGGCCAACGGUAAACCGGAGAAUGUUUAUCACUGGAAUCUUCCGCUGGGUUUGACUCAUCCCACGACGACCACGACAACCACGACGACAACAACAACGACGCCACAUCCGCCGACGUCGACGCAUUCGCCAUUGAACUACAAGAAACCCUACCGCCAUAAUUACUACAACAACGGCAAACCCCACAAGUUGUAUUUCGUCAAACCUUCUUAUCGCGCCCCGGCGACCACCGUGCCCACCGCCAUUAACCCGACCACCACUACAGAGACGCCGCCAUCAUCGUCCACCAUCGGUUUCUACAAGAAACUUCAAUUCAAAAAGAAUUUCAAAGGCAACGGCAAACCGAAUCAGCUCUACUUCGUCCAACCCGCCCAUUUCAGUUUCUGAAAAA